UUUUCAACAGCAACACCACCCACAACAACAACAACAAUAACUGCAACACCGUCACUAAUCCUUGACACUACUAGCGAAAGCAAAUACCAAAGACCAAGGCAAAAUAAGAAGAAGAAACAAAAACGGAGACCUCACAGUCAGUGGCAAAAUAAGAAUAAUAAACCACGACGCAGCUAUUCGCAAUAAAAGCCGCACAAAUGCAACGUGACGCGUUCUUCAUUUACGCCUUGGCCACUACGACUCUGCUGAUGCUUGGCAACAAUUGUUGGCAUGCAUACGCAUAUGUCGUCUUGCCAGAGGCAGAGGCAGAGGCAGCAGCAGCAGCAGCAGCAGCAGCAGGCGCAACAGCUUCAGACUUAACGGCUGGCUCGAAUGCACUGGGUGAGGGUGGGGCAAGGCAGACGCACGCCAAGCAUAUGGCUGAAUUAAUGGCCGGUACAUAUCCUGACAGAACGGCGACGCAUUAUUUGAAUGAUGUAUCCGGAAGUGUUGCCUUUCAACCGCCGCAUCAGUUGGUGAAUGAGAUGAAUGGACGUGCCGCGGUCUACGAUCCGGGUGAUGAGCUUCUCCGCGCCUUAAACGCCGAAAUGUCUGCCAAUGGACAUGAACUAGGCACGCUACCCGAAGAACCCGACUACGCUGAUACGGUAUUUAACGAACUAGAAGUGGCAAAUAAAUACGAAAUGUUACGUAAAUUAGAGAAAGACUUGCGCAACGAACAGGAAAUUGUUACCAAAUCAGCGUUGUUAAUGAAAAUGCUUGAGGAUCCAAAUUUACAAACGCUGCCGGUUAUUUAUGUGGAAGAGGAUGAGGAUGAGGAGACAUCAGAAGAAGCCGUUGCUACAAACAACAAUAAUAUGGCAUAUCAGUUGGGUGAAGUGGGUGGUCGAGGUGUGGCCAAACGUUCACGCUACUAUAGGCGCUAUCCAUGGAAGCGGCACAACCGAAAUCGAAGCACCUACGAACCAGAAUUGCGUUACGCUUGCACACCCUCCAAGGAGGAUGUCUUCAAGUUGCUGAUGAAUCUACACGAAAAUCGCAAAGGCAAUCAUAGUAAAACCGUGAAUUUCUGUAAUCGUAAACGUCCAGCCAAGGCCAUAUUCACCAACAUACGUUUUCUGGGCUAAGCUGAAAUUAUGAAAACGACAGACAGUUCACUACAAAAACAACUCGUAUAUGGAAAAAUAAAUAAAACAGCUACGGCGAUGCGGCGAUUGAAGAAGCAGUGAUUGUGACAUUGAAGGGAAGAUUGAAGCAAUUCUUUACAAAAACUUAAAUAGAAUUAAAGAAAUAUAAUAAUAAUUUCA